UAUAUAUAUAUAUAAAUAUAAACACAUAUUCUGCAGUAUGGAAGAACAAUAAUAACGAUAGAACCGGGUGAAGCUCUGGUUUGUCCAGUGAGCCGGUCGUAGACAUGUAGUGUUGCUUAGUGACCAGAUGAUGUGCAGCUAUUUUUAAUAACACAGAGAAAGAAGAGCAUGUUCGUUUAUUAAAAUCUAAAUGAAAAAAAAGAAGAGAAGACGGACGGAAAAGAGACAUAAAGGGCAAACUUCACUGGACUGAUUCCCAAACCAAAGGAGGACAGAUGCAUGAUGGGAAAUAAUUGGAGAGCACUUUACGUUGAUGAUUUUCUUUAUUUCUUUCUUUUAUUUUGAAAGGAAUGAUUCCGCUGUUUGGUGACACUGAGAGGGUUAACGCUUUGUUCUGAUUGGUUGUGUUCAUGUAGAAACAGGAAGUGGGUUUGCUGUGAUGAACACCAUGAUGACACAGAGAUUGUUUCAUGUUUUCUUUCUUCUUUUGUAUUUUAAAGUGUUUUUUCUUCUUUUUUUAGUGAAUUAUUUCAACACGCAGAACGACUUUUGGGACGCACGUCACCGCCACCAUGUCAGAUAUUGUGCAUGAUGUCAUGAUGCUGAUGUCACUUUAUUUAAACCUUUAAUUAGACAGAGUUGUAUGACGAUGAUGGCGGGUAGAAGGUUCUGGUCUCAGAGGACCAAGACUCUGAGUUUAAAGCGAUGCAUCUCUGGACUCGUUGGCGGUGGCUCCUCUCUGUACAUACUGAACCACUGGAUGACAUUAUGAUUAUUGUUGUUGUUUUCAUAUCUGGAUGCAGGUGGUGUAACAGACGGAUGGUGACGUGAAUGAUUAACAAGAGUUACAAUAAAGAGCAUUUCUAUUGGCUUUGUGUUUAUCUCGUGAUUAAUGACACAAAGCUCCAGCUUCAUUCAUACAAUGUGUCUGUACUGAAACACAGUGCUUCUUCUAGCUCGAUGCUAACGUUAGCGUGCUAACAUGCUGAUGUUUAUAUAUACUUUUCCCUCCAUUUGAAUGUCCUCUUUAUUCACAAUACUCCACCAAGCUCUCAAAUCCAUAUUGUAGUCUAUUUCGGUAAAAAAUACCUCACAAAUCUGCUAAACUCUCCUUUAAAUGAUGUCUCACUGAUGUUAUUUUACUGAUUAAAUCUUGUAUCUUUAUUUGUAAUAUUUCUCUCUAUUUGAUCCUCUAUGUAAAGUGUCUCUUGAGUUUUUUGAAAAGCGCUUAUUAAAAUAAAUAAAUGAAUAAAUGUGAUAUUAUUAUUGGUAAACGCCAUGAUGGCCAUAGAGUAUGAGAAGAUAUUAACAUGCAACAGUGACCAAGGAGGGAGGGGCUUAGCGAGGGAUUCAACUCUAAAUCUGAUUGGUGUUUGGUAACAGCCAAUCAGAAGCUGUGUAAAUCUUUAUCAUCCUCCUCUCGUGGUGAUGGGUGUGUUCCUCUCUCUCCUCCCCCAUCAUGUCACCAAGAGGACGGACUGGAAGUACUUCACACAGACCAGAGACCCACAGAGACUCACUGAGGACGGACUGAACAGGUCUACAGAGACCCAGAGAGACUCACUGAGGACGGACUGAACAGGUCUACAGAGACCCAGAGAGACUUCACUGAGGACGGUCUGAACAGGUCUUCAUAGACCCAGAGAGACUCACUGAGGAUGGUCUGAACAGGUCUUCAUAGACCCAGAGAGACUUCACUGAGGACAGUCUGAACAGGUCUACAGAGACUCAGAGAGACUCACUGAGGACGGACUGAACAGGUCUACAGAGACCCAGAGAGACUUCAUUGAGGACGGUCUGAACAGGUCUUCAUAGACCCAGAGAGACUUCACUGAGGACAGUCUGAACAGGUCUACAGAGACCCAGAGAGACUUCACUGAGGACGGUCUGAACAGGUCUACAGAGACUCAGAGAGACUUCACUGAGGACAGUCUGAACAGGUCUACAGAGACUCUGUUGGAUGUUUUGGACUCUUGAGAAGAGAAAUGAGACAGAAGAUCAGCAGCUACUGAGAGGACGGACAUGGACAAACAGAAAGUGCUGGCCAAGCUGAUCUGGGACCUGCCGUCCUUCCUGUCUGUUCUGGACUCAGAGAACCUGAGUUACGUCGCUCAGACUCAGAAGGAACACAUCUCAGCGCUGCUCUCCAAGCUGCAGACAGACAUCCCUCCUGUGGAAGAUGCCGAGUACAUGAUCAUGAGCUGUCCAUCAUCGUCUCCUGGCAAGAAUCUGGCAGACACACCUGGGACAGAAGGGGUCCCGUCCUCUGAGCUGGUCUCAGAUCAGGACUCACCUGUGUGGCUGAGAGACAAGGGAGCGGUGGUGCCGCCCCUCCCCCCAGGAGGUCCAGGAGGUGAUGAAGAAGAAGAAGAUACGUACGAGGAGGCAGAACCUUACCAAGCUGACACCACCACGUCUAACACUGAGAAGGCGGAGUCAGACAGCAGUCACUACGAGUCGUAUGGUGAGGAUGAUGAUGAUGAUGAUGAGCCUGCGAAGGACAGAGCUCACUACGUCCAAUGGAGCGCCUCCCAGCCCUGCCUAAGACCCGCCCCCGAGUCCCGUCUCUGUGGUCACCUGUGGAAGAGGAAGUGGCUGGGACAGUGGACCAAACAGCUGUUCAUCAUCCGGAGCAACGUGCUGCUGUGUUAUAAGUGUGCUCAGGACCUGCUCCCUCAGCUGGAGUUGAACCUGCGCGGCUGUCAGCUCGUCUACAAGUCAAAGAGCAACAGGAAGAUCCAGCACCAGCUCAAACUGGUUCUACUGGGCUCAGAGACGCUGGUGUUGGGCUACAGCAGCUUCCAGCAGGCCGACGAGUGGAGGAAGGUGAUCCAGGAGGUGAGUGUUGGAGGUGAAGAGGAGACUCAGAGCUCGUCGUCUCUGAUCAGAUCAGACCAGCUGCUGUCCUGCAGGUCCAGUUCAGUCCAGACUGAGUCUGAGCAGAAACAUUCAGCUGGCUGCAGAACCAACAAACACAAAGGUGUCCUCAGCGUGCUGAUGAACUGUCAGUGGCAGAGUUUACUGUGUCGGGUGGAGGCGGGUCUUCUCAACAUGUUUGGAGAGGGGGAGGUGGAGGAGGAGGAGGUGGAGGAGAUGAAGAGGUCUCCUCAGUACACCGUCCAGCUCACAGGAUGUGAGGUCACUGAUGGGCCCGACACCGACCGCUCCUUCAGGAUCACACUGAGCAUGCUCGGUGACCAGGUGGCUGUGCUGGAGGUGAGUAGUUCAGGUGAGAAGGAGCGAUGGUUGAAGCUGCUGCAGGACGGAGCAGCCGUCACUCAGGAGUCCACAGGAGGAGCUCUCAGUGGGCUGCAGACUCAAAGGUUUCCCACCUCCAACACCUACAUGGACGACCCCUUCCAGCUGAGUGGAAGCGGCCGAGAGCAGCCCAUCUACUCCAACACCCCCCUGCUGGAGCACAUGCUCCACAGCUCUCAGGAUUCAUUCUCCAUGUCGUCCAGAGACUCCAUGAGCAACAACAACAAGACAGUCUUCAACAGGAGGUCGGUGGAGGUGGAGCGAGGCGUUCAGAAGCUGGAGCUGACGGAGAAGAGGAUGGUGCCGCUGAGGGCGGGGUCAGAGGUCAACCUGGCGUCUGCAGGGAAGCAAAACAAACGCACCUCUUUCAGACAGUCGCUGGCCGUCUGCAGUGAGCGCGCUCAGGCGGGUUUCCUGAACCCUCUGCUGCGACGGACGGCCUCGGCUAAGAUCUCUCUGAGACGAGCUCCUUCAUCGCUUUUCAUCGAACAUGGGAAGGUUUUCCAGAGGAGGAAGGAAUGGGAAACCAAAGCUGCUGCUUGACACCAUCCAUCCAUCAUCAUCAUCAUCAUCAUCAUCAUCAUCAUCAUCAUCAUCAUCUCCUCUUAACUGAAGAAGCCUCUGAAAUCCAACAUGGACUUGAUUUAAACUAACUGAAUGUCUGUGUCUAACAUAACGCUGAUCCAGCGUUUAUCCGCUGCAUGACACUUCUCUGUUCUCUGUUCUAAACCGUCGAUGGGUGACGAACCCAAAAGAAUCAAACUGCAUCAACAGAAAACACAGAGUUAGUUAGUUACUCACUAAUGUCUUCAUCAAAUAUGAAGUUAUGAGAUUAUGUUGGAUUAGUGCUGAGCAAUGACCUCACAUCACCAAACAUGUCACCAAAUUCAAUGGAGGUAAAACUGCAGCAACACUUGAAGUUUGUAGAACAUUUUUAUUUUUUGAACGUCGCCAUCUUGGUUUUUGAUCGUCGCCAUCUUGGUUUUUUGCA